AUGGGCGGCUCAUUCGCCCAAGGGCCGAGGAAGAGCCACACGAAGCGGCGUCCCGAUGAAGGCGACCGGCUUGUGGGCAAGAUCCGCCGGUAUGGUGUGUGGAUCGUGGCUGCCCUGGUCCUCGUCCCCCUACAACUCCUUGUACUGGCGACGGCAGGUGUGGGAUUCAUGUACAUUUGCAUCAUAGGGGCCCGGAAGCUGGGCAUGCGGCUCCGCGGCGGGGAAUGA